AUGGGCAACCGUCGCGGAAUUGCGCGAGUGACGCUGGUUGGCGAGGUCAUCAGCCGGACUAUUGUCUCUGCAAUGGUCAUUGUCUCCAUCGUCGUCGCCGCCACUAGCAUCUAUCCCAAGGGCUUCACGGUCAUGUUUGCCACAGCUGGUAUUGCUGUCGUUGUCGAGGGUGCUCUUCUACUUCGUGCCUUGUUCUACCUCGUCAAGCCGUCCGCCUACAACCUCACCAACCUCCGUGGCGGAAUUCUCAUCCUGGUCCAGUGUGUUCUGCUGGCUCUCUUCAUCAUUGCUGCCGUCUUUGCAUUCAGGGACUACUCUAAGGAGCCCGGCUACGAGAGCCGAAACCAGGCCGCCGUCUACGACCGACGCAUUGCCUGCGGUGUUCUCAUUAUGGCAUCCAUCCUGUUCCAAAUCGUGCCCACCAUUAUCACCAUCGCUAGAUUCUCUCAGGGUAGCGAUGAGGACAUGAAGAUCAAGAGCAAGGAGAGUGACGAGAAUGCUCAUGAGCACUAA